UUCAUAUUCAAUAGAUAGGGAGAGCAAAACCUUCUAGAACUUUCUGCAGCUCCCCUAUCUUUAUCACAAAUACCCCCCUCUUUCUCUUGCUGUCCAUUCAAUUACCAAUUUCUCCUAUCCAAUGGCUUGCUCUGCUUCUUCUACAGCACUUCUUUCUUCCAACCCAAAAGCAGCUUCCAUUUCCCCCAAAUCCUCCUUUCAAGCUCCCAUUUCUCAAUGUUUAUCUGUACCUUCCUCUUUCAAUGGGCUCCGUAAUUGCAAGCCUUUUGUUUCUCGUGUAGCCCGUUCCCUCUCUACUCGCGUUGCUCAAUCCCAACGCCGUCGUUUCGUUGUUCGUGCCUCUGUAAGUUUCUCUUUUACACCUUUCUUUUCUCAUCCGUCUCUUGAGCGUAACUUUUUAUCUUGUAUUAAUGAUUUCAUGUUGUUGCUCAUGCAGUUCUCCCACCUUGCCUGGGUUCAAACUGAUAGAAAGUCUGGUGGCCUAGGUGAUCUGAACUAUCCAUUAAUUUCCGACGUGACCAAGUCAAUUUCAAAAUCAUACAAUGUUCUGAUCCCCGAUCAGGGAAUUGCAUUGAGAGGACUUUUCAUCAUUGACAAGGAAGGAGUUAUUCAGCAUUCAACCAUUAACAAUCUUGGAAUUGGUCGUAGUGUUGAUGAAACAUUGAGAACUCUUCAGGCAUUGCAAUACGUUCAGGAUAACCCGGAUGAAGUGUGCCCAGCUGGAUGGAAGCCUGGGGAGAAAUCCAUGAAGCCUGACCCCAAGGGUAGCAAAGAAUACUUUGCAUCCAUAUGAGGUGAUGACUGCAAUUGCUUUAUCUAAUUUGUUGUUUAGGAAGGCUGGAGACCCUACUUUUCUGUUACAUUUUUCUAAUGUACCGGCUGAGUUUGGUCAUUUUUGAGAAUAUAUACACUUGUACACUUUUAUAUUCUGCCUUUGAAAGCCAUUACUUAAAACAACCUCA